AAAACAGAUUUGUGUGGUAUGUGGAAAUUCCAAAAUGUGGUCUACUAUAGUGCUGUUGUCAGUGGUAGGGUGUGCCCUGGCUGGUCCUCCUGUCAGCAGGUCCAGGGAUCAGAUCGAAUCCUUCAGGGCUUUCCUGGAAAGGAGCAGACGAGAUGAUGGAAUCCGCAUAGAGUCCCGUAUGCUGGCCAACCCCAAAGCUUCCGUAUGGGAGAACAGCGGCAAGUUCCAGGGUGACAUCCUCCUCAAUGAUGAGCAGGCUGAGCUCAUGCUGCAGCAGUAUGCUGAGGGCAGGAACGCGUACAUCUGGCCUAACACCAAGUGGCCCGGCAAUACCAUUGUCUACGAGUUCAACAAUGAAUUCACAAACGCACAAAUUAACGCCAUCUACGCUGCCAUGAGGGAGAUCUCAGCGAGGACUUGCGUGAGGUUCCGCCGCAGGGAAUGGUGGGAGAAUGUAUAUGUCCUGAUCACCGGCAGAUCCGACGGCUGCUACGCCAACGUGGGCUACUGGGCGAGCAUGGGCGUCCAUACCUUGAACUUGGCUCGUGCCAACCCCGGCCAGGGCUGCUUCACCCAUACCGUCAUCAUCCACGAAUGGCUUCAUGUUGUCGGCUUCAUGCAUAUGCAGUCCACUUACAAUAGGGACGACUAUGUCCGCAUUUUGUGGCAGAAUGUUUGGCCAGGUAUGGAACACAACUUCGAGAAGUACGGAACCAACAUCGUUCACAACAUGGGCCUGCCCUACGAGUAUGCCAGCAACAUGCACUACGGUAGAUACGGUUUCAGCAUCAACGGACAACCUACCAUGCUGCCUAUCUACAACGACAACGGUCUCAUGGGUCAACAGCAAUUCGUGACCGGCUGGGACUGGCUGAGGGCCAACAGGCACUACAACUGUCCUGGAGCCUGGAGCACUCCCAUCAAUGCUGAGGAACUCUCCCAGGGAACCUAUGAGCAUGAAUACAAGGUUGAAGAGGACGCUGCACUUGAGGACUUGCCACAAGAAGCCGUUGAGGAAUUGCCUCAAGAAGACAUCAUACCUGAGAGUGUAAACGUCGUUGAAAUCGCCCAAUAAACUAUGAUCUACCGAUAAAUAGACUGAUUUUUCCAUAAAA